AUGCCUUAUAUUGGUCAAUGCAACUGUGCGAGUGUGCGCAUCGCCUUGCGCCAACAGCCGGCCAACUCGGUGAUAUGUCACUGCACGAACUGUAAAAAAGCCGGGGGAGGACUCUUCUCGGUCAAUUAUCUCGUUGAUGAAAAUGACAUGGCCGUGGAGGAUCCCAAUGGGGUGAAGAAGGUUUAUCAGGAUCCGGACACUCGGUCUGGGAACAAGAUCGCGCGUCAUUUCUGCUCAAACUGUGGGAGUCCGUUGUAUACGCUCACGCCUGGAAAGGCCGGGAAGGCCUUCUUGAAGGCGCCGCUGUUUGAGGCGAUUGCUCCGCCGAGUAUGGCGGUGUUUGAGGAGAAGCAGGAGGCGUGGGCUAAGGUUCAUUUGUGA